UCUCUUGUUCCCUAAGGAAUACGAGUGCAGGAGAUACAUUAAGGUGGCACUAAGAAACCAGCCUGAAUCUGCGUCAGCGCACCUGUACGACACGCGGUAUACUUUAACUGAGAUGCUAUCAUAUCGACUUCUGAUGCUGAGUGUCAGUACAUCCGUAGACACAGCACAUGGAGGUAUUAAAAUCGAGAUAGUCAAUCAACUCUCCACGAGUAUCUAGUGGAGUUACGUAAAGUCACAGGUGAGAACAAUGUAACGGAUUUGCAACGAUCUUGCUUGGUUGUUACGGGAAUAAGGAUAGAGAACUACAUCAUUGUAUGAUGAAUGGUUCCACAACGUCUUACUAUGACGUCAUAAACUCAGCAGACGACAACUUUCAGCUACGAGCAGACGCGCUGGUUCUAUUUUGCGAUGUUGUGAUCAUUCUGGCUGCUGUCUUGGGGAUUAUUGAAAACACUCUGAUAUGUAUUUGUAUUCUGAAAAAUCGUUCACUUCGGACAUACAUCAACGCUACCUUAAUAAGCACGUUGAUUGGUGACCUAAUCGCGUGUGUGACACUACUUCCUCUGCGUGUCUACCUGUUCACGGCUUCAAGGACGGAAGAGAGCUGGGACAUCAUAUGUAGUGCAGCAGUAUUCUUCCGAACAUUUUGUGAUACCCUGCAGCUUUUUAUGCUCAUUGCAGUUAGUUAUGAAAGGUACCAAUCUGUGGCAAACCCGUUCAAGAAAGAUGGCCGCGCCCAGAGGACAGCGAUUUUGAAUGCACUGUCCUGGAGUGCGGCCACCGGAUUAGGUCUUUUAUCAGUAUUUGUCUUUGUGGACUCUCCUUCUUACGACAAGUGUUUAACAAGCACGCCAUUAGAUCAUUUGUCCUGGGGAACGCAUGAUUUAUUUUUGAUUUUUCCCGUUGGAAUUGGAACUUUGAUAGUCAUCGUUGUAUUUUAUGGCUUAAUAAUGUUUACAUUAUUCAAACAUAGAAUCAGAAUGGCCAAACAUUCAGUUCGCAAGAAAAACAAAGUGGUACCACAAGUGAUGAUAAAUGAUGAAUUUAAAGGAGUGGAUAAAUCGUAUAGCAAUACUGAUAUAUCGGUUACCAAAACCACCAAAUCUCCGUCAUAUAGUAACAUUAGUGAAGAAAGGUCUAGUAAAUACUGCGAUACUAAUAUGGAGAUAGAGAGUAACAUUGACGACGUAGAAGGAAUUGUAGAAGAUCAACAAGAAUGUAAGGUUAAGGAAAUUGACACGUCGGAGAAUCAGGGCAUGAUGACCACUUCUUAUAACAGUAAUGACAAUGCUGUUGGGAUAGAUGUUGAAGCAAGUAGUGUAAAAGAAAAUGUGUCUGAAAAGUCUCAAUCAAGAUUUAAUGAAGCAGAUGGAAAACCUAUAGAAAAAGAAUCACAAACAAUACGUAAAAACGGACUUGAUUCCAAGUUGGUUCAAGAAAAUGACACAUGUGAGAAUCUAAAACCGGAUAGAAAAGAACCCGACAACGAUUAUAAAAUCAAUCAGGCACCUGAACCCACUGUAAAAGUUUUCUUAAAUACGCCGUCUUCUCCUUCUAAAAAGAAAUCCAUGUUUUCUCGAAAGAAGAAACGGAAAGGUGCCAAUUCCGAUAAUGUCAUACAAAUCUUUGAUAUUAAUGGAGUUGUCAACAGAGUCGCUCAGAAGGAAACUACUUACGCUGGGGCAGUGUGUGUCAUGAACCCUAAAAACAAAGUGGCGGGAAAACGGAAAGUAGAAGCGAAGGCCGCCAAACGUAUCGCCAUUCUCAUUGGUGUAUUCGCCUGUCUAUGGAUGCCACUUCCGCUGACAGUAUUAACAACGAUAAACAGUGAAUUUUCAACACUCAACGCUCAAUUACUGGUAGUGACAACCACUAUGGGGUUGUGUUCUGUUGUUGUAAACCCAUUUCUACAUAGCAUUCUUAACAAACAACUUCGAUCUUCACUUCGGAACAUGUUAAAACUAAAGUAGUGCGGAAGUUGUUUGCGUAUUGUAACAGCUACAUCGUGAUUGAAGCUAUUUAUAUGGCAUAAAAGUAAUGGCUUUCAUGAUGAAUUCACAAAGCUUUGAUGUUUUUCAAUAAAAUAUUUUCUUG